AAAAAUCUGGAAGGGGGAAAAAAUUGCGAUUGAAAACAACAACUUUCGUUCUCCUUUUUGCGUCUCUUUGUUUCGUAUUAUUCAAUCGUGCUGUUUCUGUUGCAAUUCCGUUUUUCCGAUUUCCCGACACUUUCUCCGCACCACCAUCAUUGCGUUGUUCAGUCGCGAGGCAGCAGUCGCCGUCGCCAUCGUCGUCUCGGUGCGAUGGAUGAAUCGCCUUCCGUCGAGUCGGUCCCCACUGGGGGCACUACCACCACAACUCCCAGCACCACCACCAUCCAGUCACUGCCGACCGAGGUGUUGACGGCCAUCUUUCACCACCUACGCGUGCCCGAUCUGGCCUCGGUGCGCCAAACCUGCCGACACUGGUACGAGAUAGUGAUUAGCAACCGUACGCUGAUGAGUCGGUUCGUGCUGUCCCUGCGCAACUUCCGGAUAGAGGACGGUUGCGAACAGUGCCGGGUGCUGGGCGGCACGCGCAGCACGUUCGAGAAAGUGUGCCUCAAGACGUGCACGGUCGCACCCGCCCCGGUGCUGUGGCGAACGAUCGGCAGCCAGCUGGCGGAACUGUCGCUCAGCGACUGCACAAUCAACGGCCAAACGCUGGUGGGCGUGCUGCGGUGCACGCGCGACAAUCUGCGCUCCCUGACGAUCAAAUCGAUCAAGCUUGACGACCACCUCAUCUACGACACACCGAUCGACUUCCGCCUGGAGCGGUUGCACACGCUCACGAUACGGUCCUCGUUCGUGUACGACGCGCUGUUCCACCUGUUCAAGCGCAUCUGCCCGAACCUGAAAGCGAUCAAGCUCACCUUUUCCUCGUACGAGCGGUGGGGCGAAGAGCUGAUCAGCUUCGUCGCGACGCUGCGGGCCACCCUGGAGGCGAUCACGCUCAGCUACACGAAGGCGACCGGCGUGAUACUGCAGCAGAUCGGGCGCAUCGAGCAGCUGCGGUUGCGCAAGGUGUCGCUGAAAUCGUGCUUCGCCAUCAAGGAGAACGACAUCCUGCUGCUCGCUCGGUUGCAGCCCACGAUCGUGCACCUCAACUUGGAAAACCUGUUCUCCGCGAGCGAACAGUUCCUGCAAGCCCUCAGUGCCUUUCUGCCGCAGAUGAAGCGCAUCAAGCUGCGGGUCGCCCGCAUCACCAAUCUGCACCGGUCGUUUCUGGCCAACAUGCCGCAGCUCAACUAUCUGAAGAUAACGGACGCGACGCAGCUGAAGGGCAAUCUCGACCUGAGCGCGUACGAAAACCCCGCCCUCGAGAAGCUGUUCGUGUCGGCGGCAAUGUUUUCGCGCAACACGCUGCCACGGUUUUUCGAGCGCUGCCCGAACAUCCGCAGCCUCACGCUGUACCAGUGCACGUACGAGAACAUACACGAUCUGCAGCUGGCGUUUUCGCACCUGAAGGGGCUGGAGUAUCUGAAUCUGCAGCGCACGAUCGAUAUUGGGGAUAGCUUCUUCAACCGGGACGUGUUCGACACGAUCGUGAUGCCGUUCGAGCGGAUACGGUUCUACCCGAUCGCGAACCUGCGCAAGCUGUGCUACCUUAACCUGAGCCACUGCCGGGAUCUGUCCGAUCAGGCGCUGAUGGCGCUGCAGUUCCCGCUGCUGAAGAAGAUCGAUCUGCGGGGGCUGCACGUGACGGAGGCGGGCAUUGCGUCGCUCGUGCGUGACUGUCCCCAUCUGGAGUACGUGCUGGUGGACGCGUGCAAGCGUAUCUGUGAUCAAGCCGUGCUGUACCUGUGCCGCGAUCUGCACAGCCUGCGGCUGCUCAAUCUCGAGAGCUGUAAAGCGAUCACCGACCAGUCGGUGGAACAUAUCGUGCGGCACUGCCGCAGCCUGGUGUGGCUGAACGCGCUCAACUGUCCGCAGCUGAGCGAGGAGGGCAAGGCACGGUUACGGACGGUGCGGACGAUACGGUCGCUGCAUGUGUGAGGGCAAGAGACGCAAGAGCCUUUUUUCGAGGGGGCGAGUGCAGGAACAAUAAUCAGCAAAACCGUUUGGAGCGAAAGUUUCCAAUUGGAUCGUUUUUCGAACAGGAAAAAACCACAACACCGCUAGUGAAGGUGUUUUUGUUUUUGCACAUUUUCUGAUUGGCGUGUAAAGUACGGAAGGCGUGAGAUUGAAAUACGAUUAACAUUAGCCGACUAGUUAAAUUUGACUUUUAUGACGCAUAUAUCGUGAAUAGUGCAGAUAGAGGAUUCUUUUUAAAAUAUUCUUAGAUGUGCUCUAGAGGGGGCCGUUUCGUUUCGUUUUACCCCAUUUACUGCGAAAAAAAAACGACAAGCAAUAAAGUAAACGUUGGUUUUCAACUUAUUUAUACAAAUUAAA